AUGGCAUUUAGAUGUCUAGGCACUAUCGGGGCAUAUGAAUGGGUGGUCAUGCCUUACGGCCUCAAGAACAUCGACGCAACGUACCAACGAGCCAUGAAUCUCAUCUUCCAUAACUUGAUCGGGCGAACGAUUGAGCUUUAUAUUGACGAUGUAGUUUGUUACCAAGGUCGAACAUGUGGGACAUGUUCGGCAAGCAUUUCAGCGAAUGUGAACUCACGGCCUGAAAAUGAACCCUAA